ACUAUCGGUUACAGAGAAGUUAGGGGAAUGUCCUGUUACAUUUUUGUACUCGAGAAGUCUAGAGAAAUGGCGGGGACACCUAUGAGCAUGACCUGCAUUUCCAGUCAAAACAGCAGAUUUGUCAUUUGUGGAUGGAUAGCUUCGAUGGAGGAAAAG